AUGGGAGGAGGAUCCAGUGGUGGGUCUUCAGGAACCAAGAUCAUAAUUGGAGGUGGAAGUAGUGGAGGCUCCACUGGAUGGUGCAGUGGAGGGUCCUCAGGCAUGGGAGGAGGAUCCAGUGGUGGGUCUUCAGGAUCAAAGAGCAUCAUUGGUGGUGGAAGUAGUGGAGGUUCCUCUGGAUGGUGCUGUGGAGGGUCCUCAGGCAUGGGAGGAGGAUCCAGUGGUGGGUCUUCAGGAUCAAAGAGCAUCAUCGGAGGUGGAGGCAGUGGAGGUUCCUCUGGGUGGUGCUGUGGAGGGUCCUCAGGCUACGGCAUGGGAGGAGGAUCCAGCGGUGGCAGUGGCGGAUCCGGCCACAAGAUCAUCAUUAGGUCCGGCGGUGGAGGAGGUGGCUCAUCUGGAUGCUGCGGUGGGGGAUCCAGUGGGGGGUCCUCAGGUGGAAAGAUCAUCAUUGGCGGUGGAGGGAGCGGGGGGUCCUCUGGCUGCUGCAGUGGAGGAUCCAGCGGCGGCAGUGGCACUUCCUCGGGCCACUCAAUCAUCAUCAGCUCUGGGGGUGGCAGUGGAGGCUCCUACCAGUCCACACAGCAGAAACGCCCCAUUGUCAUCCCCCACAUCAUGUCCCACCAGACCAAGCAGACCUGCCACUGGCCCCCCAGCCACCAGAAGUAA